AUGGGGGACUCACCUUAUUUGACUUGUUUGGUUUUGUACAUAUUUUCUUUUCAAAUUAUAGUUACUAAUUCUCGCACCUCCAAUAUUUGGAAAUUGGACGUUGAAGAAGGACAAAUUGUUGAUGGCACUACCUUACCUUCGGAUGAGUCUGAAAAGUCUAAAAUAACCGAGGAAGAUGCUGUAUUCAAUAUAAUUACAUCAACUAUUUACUAUGGUAAUACUUGGACUAAACAUGGAUUUGAUAUGUUCUGCACAGAUUGCCAAGUUUAUGAACAACAGAGAGCUUCAGUGGAGAAUAGAGAGGAAGCAACUGCAAUAGAAUCUAAUGGACAGUCUGGUGAUGAGUAUUUGGACUGUGGAAAAGCUGUUAAUUUUACAUAUUACGACAAUCUUGUUGGGGUGGCAAGAAGGCAUAGACAUCCAAAUGUACCAGAACCACAGGUUGCACUUAUUUUUACUAAGAAGAAAUCAUACAAGAAUGGUGUAACAGAGUUGGACAUAAAUGCAUUAGAGAAACGUUUAAAAAAAGCAAAGAAGGAAAAACCAAAAUCUGUUCAACUAUAUAACCAGAUUGGAAACUUCUGGAGGAUUAAAGGCGACACACGACAAUCCAUCGAGUGUUUUCGUCGAGCUCUUGCAGUCUCGCCUUAUAAUUCAGAGGUGCUGCUGAAUCUAGCACGCGUGCUGUUCACCCUCCAGUAUUUGGACGACGCGAUCUACCUGACGCGUCGCUCGCUGGAGGUGCAGCCGCCUGACCGCAGCGCCUGGCAGCAGUACUUCACGCUCGGCGAGAUAUUCAAGGCUUACGGGCAUUAUCAGGCGGCGGCGGUGCAUCUGAGACACGCGCUCGACUUGCGGCCCAACUUCGAGCCUGCCCUGGCCGCGCUGAAGGACAUCGAGAACAUACCAGAGGCGUCUGUCCACGUCUACACGCUGCUCAUCAUCGUCUGCCUGGUUAUGGGCGUGCUUCUCGUGAUACUCUCGUCGGUGGACAACGGCGGCGACGUCGAAGAGCACAAAACACAGAGACACUUCAACAGAGCUAUGGCGAUGCGGUCUCUGCGCGGCGUUUCACUGACAGGAUCACGUGGGCGGAAGAAAGGCGGCUCG